AUGAGGUUUGAGCUCCCUCAGCGCCGGAAAAGGCUGCCUUGUGGCGAUAUUCAGGAGAUGUUGGAACAGGACCAAAUCCAAUUCGACUGUAUCUAUAAAGUUUGUGAUUGUCAGGAGGAGUACGAUAAUUGGUUGAUAAGUAACUGUAAAGUUACCAAUAUUGGAAAAGGCCAAGACGAAACAGAUGAUAAAACUGGUAGUCAAUGUAACUCAAAAGAUAAGAAGAAAAAUAAUAAAAAUGACAAUGAGGAGACAAUCAAUACUUCGUCGCCAUCGAAUGACAAUGGGGUUUCAGAAACAACGACUCAUUCCAAAACAAAGAAAGGGAAGGGGACAAACUCUUGUAAGAAUGAUGAGGAAACUGAACCGGUAGAUCGUGAAUCUACCACUUCCAGUACGACGAAAAAGGGUAGUAAGAAGAAAAAAGGGAAAAAUACUAAUUCAAAUACAACUAGUAUUUCACCAACUUCUCAUGAAAAUAAGAAUGGCAAAGGCAAAAACUCUGUUGGGAAUGAAGAAAAUGAUAAACCGGUAGAUGAUGAAUCUAGUCCGAAUAAGAGAAAGGGAAGCAAAAAGGGGAAGGGAAAAGAUACUACUGGAAGUACGACAACUAGUGUUACGCCUACAUCUCUGGCGAGUAAACCAAGCAAGAAAGGUUAUAGCCAACAGUGUCAUGAAUACGACACAGAGAACGAGACUGGACCUACCACGGACGAGAUUGGACCUACCACGGACGAGAUUGGACCUACCACGGACGAGAUUGGACCUACCACGGACCAAACUCGUGAAACAACGUCCGAAUCAUUACAGACAGAUAUUGACAAACACUUAUCUGGUGAAGACACGGAUGGAACUACAACCGAUAACGUUGAUGACGUCAGCACAAUUACAAUCAAAGAACUUGAAUCAACCUUCAGUGUUUUUUCAACUACUGUUGGCGCAGAAAUGCAUGGGGAUAGUGGAUCUACAACUACCGGUAACGAUAGUGAUAUAUAUGAUACAACCAAAGGAGAGGAACGCAUCACAACAGACGUAACUUCCGGUGACGUCACGAACAAUGGAAAUCAAAAUGAGACAACAAGUCACUUUGUUGAUUAUACAAUCGACAGUGGAGAAGGGCGGGCUGGUUAUACAAGCACUGGUGGAUAUGAGAAUAUCACGAACAAUACCAAUGGUUCCUUUACCACACAGAGAAUGGCUAUGUCUUCAGAUGCUGCAGUAGUUACACAGCCACCAGAGACUGCUACACUACAAAGAUCUGGUUUACCUUUCCACGAGACGUCAAUGUUUAAUUAUGCACUAGCAGGAGGCGUAGCCGGCAUUGUCAUUCUUUUGCUUGUGGUAUUGUGCUUUGUUCUUUUCACCAAGGACAGAAAACGAAAAAAGAAACAGAGGAUAUUUUUAGACUCCAUGAACCUGCCACCGCCCCCGCAUUCACCUGCUGAAGAGAAUCGCGCCGUCUCUAGUCGGAAAUCUUCAAUGCGACUCUCCAGGACCUUCAGUCUAAAAGAUCAGCGGCGUUCCUCUACCCGAAUGAAAUCAUUUUCACUGAAGAAGAUUGACCCGCCAGACACAAAAGAUGUGUGAUGUUAUAAGAAAUGUAUAAGUAAGAGGAGGAUGACAUGAAUAUAAGGAGAUCAGACCGACACAAUUUAUGUUUGAUGUUUUGUGAAGACUAGUUCGACCGACACAAUCUAUGUCUGAUGUUAUGAGAAGACAGGUUCGACCGACACAAUAUAUAUUUGAUAAUGUGAAUACUGGUCCGACCAAUUCAAUUUAUGUCUGAUGUUAUAUUAAUACUGACUCUCCUAAGAUUUGACGUGAAUACUGUCCUGGCUGAGAUGUGAAUACUGUCCUGGCUGAGAUGUGAAUACUGUCCUGGCUGAGAUGUGAUGUGAAUAUUGACUAGCCUGAGAUUUGAUGUGAAUACUGACCCUCCUGAGAUUUGAUGUGAAUACUGACCCACCUGAGAUGUGAUGUGAAUACUGACCAGGCUGAGAUGUGAUGUGAAUACUGACCCGCCUGAGAUGUGCUGUGAAUACUGACUCUCCUGAGAUUUGAUGUGAAUACUGACCUGGCUGAGAUGUGCUGUGAAUAUUGACCCGGCGGAGAUGUGAAUAUUGACCCGCCUGAGAUGUGCUGUGAAUACUGACCCUCCUGAGAUUUGAUGUGAAUACUGACCCGGUGGAGAUGUGAAUACUGACCCGGCAGAGAUGUGAAUACUGACCCGCCUGAGAUAUGCUGUGAAUACUGACCUUGCUGAUAUUUGAUGUGAAUACUGACCCACCUGAGAUGUGAUGUGAAUACUGACCAGGCUGAGAUUUUAUGUUAAUAAUGAUCCGCCUGAGAUGUGAAUACUGACCCACCUAAGAUGUGAUGUGAAUACUGAUCCGCCUGAGAUGUGAUGUGAAUACUGACCCGCCUGAGAUGUGAUGUGAAUACUGACCCGCCUGAGAUGUGAAUACUGACCCGCCUGUGAUGUGAAUAUUGACCAGCCUGAGAUGUGGUGUGAAUACUGACCCGCCUGAGAUGUGUUGUGAAUACUGACCCGCCUGAGAUUUUAUGUGGAUACUGACCCGCCUGAGAUGUGAAUCAUACACAUAAUGUUUGAUGUUUUAUGUUGAAUGUUUUCAAGGAAAGAUACUUUGUCCAAAUAUAAAGUUCUUAAUUUUGUUAUAUAUGAAAUACGUAUUGAUCAUUGUCUUUAACGUAACAAUUAAUUGAAUACCUUCAUAAUAGGUCCCUAUGUCCCGUAUCACUUACGUUUGAAUGUGUCGGUUCAACCAAUAUAUCUUUAGAAGUAGAUACUAUUUAUGUAGAAACUUACAUUUUUAUAUAUCGAGUCCUGAAAU